AUGAGGAAUGAGAAUACUAAGAGCCACAUGAAGAAUGAGAAUGCUAAGUGCCACAUGAGGAAUGGAAAUGCUAAGUGCCACAUGAGGAAUGGAAAUGCCAAGAGUCACAUGAGGAAUGAGAAUGCCAAGAGUCACAUGAGGAAUGAGAAUGCCAAGAGUCACAUGAGGAAUGAGAAUGCCAAGAGACACAUGAGGAAUGAGAAUGCCAAGAGUCACAUGAGGAAUGAGAAUGCCAAGAGUCACAUGAGGAAUGAGAAUGCCAAGAGUCACAUGAGGAAUGACAAUGCAAAGAGUCACAUGAGGAAUGAGAAUGCCAAGAGUCACAUGAGGAAUGAGAAUGCCAAGAGUCACAUGAGGAAUGAGAAUGCCAAGAGUCACAUGAGGAAUGAGAAUACUAAGAGCCACAUGAAGAAUGAGAAUGCUAAGUGCCACAUGAGGAAUGGAAAUGCCAAGAGUCACAUGAGGAAUGAGAAUGCCAAGAGUCACAUGAGGAAUGAGAAUGCCAAGAGUCACAUGAGGAAUGAGAAUGCCAAGAGUCACAUGAGGAAUGAGAAUGCCAAGAGUCACAUGAGGAAUGAGAAUGCCAAGAGUCACAUGAGGAAUGAGAAUGCCAAGAGUCACAUGAGGAAUGAGAAUGCCAAGAGUCACAUGAGGAAUGGAAAUGCCAAGAGCCACAUGAGGAAUGGAAAUGCCAAGAGCCACAUGAGGAAUGAGAAUGCCAAGAGCCACAUGAGGAAUGAGAAUGCCAAGAGCCACAUGAGGAAUGAGAAUGCCAAGAGCCACAUGAGGAAUGAGAAUGCCAAGAGCCACAUGAGGAAUGAGAAUGCCAAGAGCCACAUGAGGAAUGAGAAUGCCAAGAGCCACAUGAGGAAUGAGAAUGCCAAGAGCCACAUGAGGAAUGAGAAUGCCAAGAGCCACAUGAGGAAUGAGAAUGCCAAGAGCCACAUGAGGAAUGAGAAUGCCAAGAGCCACAUGAGGAAUGAGAAUGCCAAGAGCCACAUGAGGAAUGAGAAUGCCAAGAGCCACAUGAGGAAUGAGAAUGCCAAGAGCCACAUGAGGAAUGAGAAUGCCAAGAGCCACAUGAGGAAUGAGAAUGCCAAGAGCCACAUGUGGAAUGAGAAUGCCAAGAGCCACAUGAGGAAUGACAAUGCCAAGAGCCACAUGAGGAAUGACAAUGCCAAGAGCCACAUGAGGAAUGAGAAUGCCAAGAGCCACAUGAGGAAUGACAAUGCCAAGAGCCACAUGAGGAAUGACAAUACCAAGAGCCACAUGAGGAAUGACAAUACCAAGAGCCACAUGAGGAAUGACAAAUACCAAGAGCCACAUGAGGAAUGA